AUGUCAGUAUCUGGAAAGAAAGAGUUUGAUGUGAAGCAGAUCCUGAGGCUCCGCUGGAGGUGGUUCAGUCACCCCUCGCAAAGCUCCACAGGCACCGGGGGCUGCCAUCAGCAGGAAGGAUAUGAGCACAGAGGGACACCGGUUCAGAACAGGUUGAAGAACCACUCUCGGGACAGAAAUGGGCUGAAGAAAAACAGCAGUCCUGUCCACCACAAUAUACUGGCACCUGUGCCAGGUCCAACCCCAGUGCACCACCGAUCGAUUCAAACCUGGCAUCAACAAAAUCUCAUAGAACAGCUUCGAUCAAAUGAGGAUAUUCCCAAAACAAGCACAGAGGAAAACCGUGUCAAAGAAGAUUCAAUUAAAACCACACAGGAGUUGCAGAUGACCACAGAAGAAAAUUCAGAUGAAUCUGCAGAGAGGCUGUCAACCACCAGCAGCUCCCUGCUUGGAAUGAACACCAAUGGCUCAGAUGAGUAUUUCCAGUGUACAAACCACGCAGAGCAAACUUUCCGCAAAAUGGAAAAUUAUCUGCAGCAGAAGCAGUUGUGUGAUGUUCUUCUCAUAGUUGGUGACCAAAAGAUUCCAGCUCACAGGUUGGUUCUCAGUGCAGUGUCUGAUUAUUUUGCUGCAAUGUUUACUAAUGAUGUGCGUGAAGCAAAACAAGAGGAGAUCAAGAUGGAGGGAGUAGACCCUGAUGCACUGAAAGCUUUGGUGCGCUAUGCCUACACAGGUAUUCUAGAGUUAAAGGAAGACACUAUAGAAAGUUUGCUAGCUGCAGCUUGUCUUCUCCAGCUAACCCAGGUUAUUGAUGUAUGCUGCAACUUCCUGAUGAAGCAGCUCCAUCCUUCCAACUGCCUGGGGAUUCGCUCUUUUGGAGAUGCUCAGGGCUGUGCAGAGCUGCUGAAGGUGGCACACACUUACACGAUGGAACAUUUCACAGAAGUAAUAAAAAAUCAGGAAUUUCUUUUACUCCCUGCAAAUGAAAUUGCAAAGCUCUUGUCUAGUGAUGAUAUCAAUGUUCCAGAUGAAGAAGCCAUAUUUCAGGCAUUAAUGAUGUGGGUGAGACAUGAUUUGCAAAACCGGCAACGAGACCUAGGAAUGCUUCUUUCUUACAUCAGACUGCCUCUACUCCCACCCCAGUUACUAGCCGAUCUAGAAAAUAGUCCAAUGUUUGCAGACGACCUAGAGUGUCAGAAACUCCUUAUGGAGGCUAUGAAGUACCAUCUUCUACCAGAAAGACGGUCCAUGAUGCAGAGUCCUCGAACUAAGCCUAGAAAAUCUACAGUGGGUGCACUUUAUGCUGUAGGAGGUAUGGAUGCCACUAAAGGUACCACUACAAUUGAAAAAUAUGACCUUAGGACUAACAGUUGGAUACAAAUUGGUACAAUGAAUGGUAGACGAUUGCAGUUUGGAGUUGCAGUAAUUGACAACAAGCUCUAUAUUGUGGGAGGAAGAGAUGGUCUGAAAACUUCUAACAUUGUUGAAUGUUUCAACCCUGUCACCAAAGUUUGGACUAUAAUGCCUCCUAUGUCAACACACAGGCAUGGCCUAGGAGUAGCAAUGCUUGAAGGACCGAUGUAUGCUGUUGGUGGCCAUGAUGGAUGGAGUUACCUUAACACGGUAGAAAGAUGGGACCCACAAGCACGGCAAUGGAAUUACGUUGCUAGCAUGUCAACCCCUAGAAGCACCGUAGGGGUUGCAGCAUUAAAUAGCAAACUGUAUGCUGUUGGUGGACGAGAUGGGAGCUCUUGCUUAAAGUCAAUGGAAUGUUUUGAUCCGCACACAAACAAGUGGAGCCUGUGUGCUUCCAUGUCCAAGAGAAGAGGUGGAGUUGGUGUUGCAACGCACAAUGGGUUUUUAUAUGCUGUGGGAGGUCACGAUGCACCCGCCUCCAACCACUGCUCUCGACUUUCUGACUGUGUAGAAAGGUAUGAUCCUAAAACAGAUGCUUGGACAACAGUGGCCCCCUUGAGUGUACCUCGGGAUGCUGUUGGAAUUUGUCCUCUGGGGGACAGACUAUAUGCCGUUGGGGGCUAUGAUGGCCAUACGUACCUGGAUACCGUGGAGUCCUACGAUGCUCAAAAUAACGAGUGGACAGAGGAAGUUCCUGUCAAUAUUGGAAGGGCUGGAGCGUGUGUUGUUGUUGUGAAGUUGCCCUGAUGACCACAAAUUUUUGAAAACAAACUUUGAGUGGAGUUUCAUGAAGAUAAGAAACAUUUCCAGAAAGCAGUACAGACUCUACACAUCUUAGCAGCUCUCCAUUGU